GAGUCAGCGGAGCAGAACGGCGCGCGGCGCAGCUUCGGUGAUGUCAGAGCGCUAAUCUCUCCUGGGGGAUUGGCGGAUGGAUGCUUGUCAGAAACAUUUGAUGAAAGCCUUCGGAGGCAGAGGGAGAGACAGAUGCAGGAGCUGGAGCUGUGCUACUUUCUGUCUGGUUGCUGAUGUUGUGGGGGAGCUUUCGGGAGCAGCGCUGCUUCCGCGUUCCGGCGUGGGGAGAGCGGCGGAUGAGAGCGGCUGAGGGAAGGAAGGAGACGUCCGACCGAGGCGCGCAGACAGACGAGCCGACUCCGUCCUGGGAGGUUUUUCGCUCACUUUCCGUCCAACACGCUCAAACACCCUGAGCUCUGAGUCAGACUCGGGCCUUGAGCCUUCGCUAUUUUUUUUUUUUUUUUUUACUACUGCUGCAAGCACAAGGGGAUUUAGCGGGCAUCCCGUUGUAACCUUUCAGGAACAUCAUGAUCUCAGUGGAUCUCAAUAAAGGAUUUGUUUAUCAGAGAACCGACGAGGAGGCGGUGGUGGACCGUGGGGGCACACGUUCUAUGCUCAACACCAAUUUUGAGAAGGAAGAGCUUGAAGGCCACCGCACUCUCUAUAUCGGAGUCCAUGUUCCCUUGGGCCGCAGGGCACACCGUCGUCACCGUCACCAUGGACACAGACACAGGAAGAGGUCCAAGGAGAGGGACCCCACGGGUGAAGAUGGACGAGAAUCCCCCUCAUUUACCGACACUCCGGCUCAGAGGGUACAGUUUCUUCUGGGCACAGAGGACGGCGACGAGGAGCACAUCCCACACGCCCUGUUCACUGAGAUGGACGAAAUCUGCCUCAGGGAGGGCGAGGACGCCGAAUGGAGAGAGACGGCCAGGUGGCUUAAGUUCGAGGAGGACGUUGAAGACGGUGGCGAGCGGUGGAGUAAACCCUACGUGGCCACCCUGUCUCUGCACAGUCUCUUUGAGCUGCGCAGCUGCAUCAUGAAUGGCAUCGUGAUGCUGGACAUGAGGGCCAACUCACUGGAGGAGAUCGCAGACAUGGUCUUGGAUCAGCACGAGGGCUCCGGCUCUGUGGGUCAGGACGCCCGGAAGAGGAUCCGCGAGGCCCUGCUUAAACAGCACCACCACCAAAACCACAAGAAACUGGCCAACCGCAUCCCUAUCGUACGGUCCUUCGCGGAUAUCGGCAAGAAGCAAUCCGAGCCUCAUUCCAUGGACAAGAACGAGAGUGGCAUCCACCACAAAACCAUAAACUCUCCAAAGAGUUGGCCCGAAAGCCAAACGGUCUCGCCUCCGUCCCAGCCGUCCAACAACGAGGGCAAACAGGACGUCAGCCGAGAAAACAGCGCCGUGGACUUCAGCAAGAUUGACCUCCACUUCAUGAAGAAGAUCCCUCCUGGUGCAGAGGCGUCCAAUGUCUUGGUAGGAGAGUUGGAGUUCCUAGACCGCCCCGUGGUGGCCUUCGUCCGCUUGUCUCCUGCUGUGCUUCUCAACGGCCUGACUGAGGUUCCCAUCACCACCAGGUUCUUGUUCAUCCUCCUUGGGCCUCUGGGAAAAGGUCCCCAGUACCAUGAAAUUGGGCGAUCUAUUGCUACACUGAUGACCGAUGAGAUUUUCCAUGAUGUUGCCUACAAGGCCAAAGACAGGAGUGACCUGGUGGCAGGCAUCGACGAGUUCCUGGAUCAGGUGACGGUGUUGCCCCCUGGCGAGUGGGACCCCUCCAUCAGAAUAGAGCCUCCGAAGAAUGUUCCCUCUCAGGAAAAGCGAAAGAUCCCCCCUGUUCCCAACGGAGUGACAGAUCUUGGAGAGUCGGAGGAGCACGGAGGACAUGGAGGCCCUGAGCUCCAGCGCACAGGGAGGUUAUUUGGUGGGUUGGUCCUGGACAUCAAGCGAAAGGCCCCUCACUACCUUUCAGACUACACAGACGCCAUCAGUCUCCAGUGUCUGGCCUCCUUCCUCUUCCUUUACUGCGCCUGCAUGUCACCUGUCAUUACCUUUGGAGGACUCCUGGGUGAGGCCACCGAAGGCCGUGUGAGUGCCAUCGAGUCACUGUUUGGGGCUUCAAUGACCGGGAUAGCCUAUUCUCUAUUUGCCGGUCAGCCCCUCACCAUCCUGGGCAGCACCGGACCCGUCCUUGUCUUUGAAAAAAUCCUUUUCAAGUUUUGCAAGGAGUACGGCCUGUCCUACCUCUCCCUGAGGACCUGCAUUGGGCUCUGGACAGCCUUCUUCUGUCUGCUGCUGGUGGCCACGGACGCCAGCUCGCUGGUGUGUUACAUCACACGCUUCACCGAAGAGGCUUUCGCAGCGCUCAUCUGCAUCAUCUUCAUCUACGAAGCCCUGGAGAAGCUGAUUCACCUGGGGGUGCACUACCCUGUCAACAAACACAACGACCUGCAGAAGCUCACCCAGUACUGGUGUAGCUGUGUUGAGCCCAGGGCCCCGAGCAACGAGACUCUGCGAUUUUGGGAGGAAAGAAACAUCACAGCCAACCUGGUCAACUGGACUGCACUGGAGGUCAAGGAGUGUGAGAUGUUACAUGGGGAGUUUGAGGGCCCCGCCUGCAGCCAUCAUGGCCCCUACAUCCCAGACGUCCUCUUUUGGUGCGUGGUCCUUUUCUUCACCACCGUCUUCAUGUCAGCGUUCCUGAAGGAGUUCAAGACGAGCCGCUACUUUCCCACCAAGGUGAGGUCUGUCAUCAGCGACUUUGCUGUCUUCAUCACUAUCCUGACUAUGGUCCUUGUUGAUUAUGCGUUGGGAAUCCCGUCGCCUAAAUUACAAGUCCCCAACAAGUUCAAACCAACAAGAGACGAUCGGGGCUGGAUCAUAAACCCCGUGGGACCAAACCCAUGGUGGACCACCAUUGUCUCAUUCGCUCCCGCUCUGCUCUGCACCAUCCUCAUCUUCAUGGACCAGCAGAUCACCGCUGUUAUUAUUAACAGGAAGGAGCACAAGCUGAAGAAAGGCUGCGGCUACCACCUCGAUCUGUUCGUGGUGGGGGUCAUGCUGGGUGUGUGCUCCGUGAUGGGCCUCCCGUGGUUCGUGGCGGCCACUGUGCUCUCCAUCUCUCACGUGAACAGCCUAAAGCUGGAGUCGGAGUGCUCGGCUCCCGGAGAGCAGCCCAAGUUCCUGGGUAUCCGGGAGCAGCGCUUCACCGGCCUCAUGAUCUUCACGCUCAUGGGCUGCUCCGUCUUCAUGACCUCUGUGCUAAAGUUCAUCCCCAUGCCUGUGCUCUAUGGCGUUUUUCUGUACAUGGGGGCGUCUUCCCUCAGAGGCAUUCAGUUUUUUGAUCGCUUGAGGCUGUUUGGCAUGCCAGCCAAACAUCAGCCAGACUUCAUCUACCUUCGACACGUACCACUGAGGAAGGCGCACCUCUUCACCGUCAUCCAGCUCAGCUGCUUGAUCCUGCUCUGGGUCAUUAAGACCUCCAGAGCUGCCAUCGUCUUCCCCAUGAUGGUGUUGGCUCUGGUUUUCAUUCGCAAGCUGCUCGAUUUCAUCUUCACCAAGAGAGAACUGAGUUGGCUGGACGAUCUCAUGCCCGAGUGGAAGAAGAAGAAACUGGAGGAUGCGGAGCAAGAGGAGGAACACAGUAUUAUUGCGGAGGAGGAAGGGAUUGUGCAAGUACCACUGGAGGGGCACUACAAGUGUGACCCAGCCACGGUGAACAUCACCGACGAGAUGUCCAAAGGAUCUUUUGGGAGUGUGUGGAAGGGUGUCAGCCCAGCUGAGAGCGCUAAAAAGGAACCGGGUUCAAAAAGUUGUGGCAGAAGCGGCGAAAAGCGACACAAGCGGAGGAGGCAUGACAAGAGCUUGGACAGGGAGACGAGUUUGUGAUGACACAUACUGGUGACGCCAGUAAAUACAAAAAAAACAAACAAAGCAAAACAUAUAUACCGUGCCACACUCAACCACCUAUGUACUGUGCUACACUGUGUUUUUAGUCAUGUAAGUUUGUGUGCAAGUUGUUCAAAAGGAAAGAAGUAUUUGUUGGACACCAUAAACAACAUAGGCAAACUCCCUGAGAUAGGCACCAAGUCAGGCAACCAGAAGGAAGGGCCGGCUCUAGAUAGAAUUUGAUACAUAUGCAGACCAGCGAUGGGUAUGUAAACAUAGACUAAUUACUGGUGUCUGUACCAGUCAACGGUACUCCGAAGUAAGUUUUUGUAUAUAUUUUUUUGGUGAAUACAAACAUAUUGGCUACUUUUGCAACGUUUCAUUACAAUUGAGGUUGAACUUUUGAUCUAGGAAUGGUAUCAAAUCCAGCAUAACUGCUUGAAAAUCAGAGGGAUUUGCCAUUUCAAAUCCCAAAUUAAUAGAAUAAAUAAAUACAGAUAGAAAUAGAAACUUAUUACAGUGUAUUUUUCUGUAUUUUGUACUUCCCAGCUCUAAAUGUAUCAAAGAUUUAUUUAGAAGUGCAAAAAAAAAAUCUAAACAAUUUUUUUACAUUUCACUUACACAAGUUUUGUACGCAAGGCAGGCUUAUUGGAUUUAGAGCUAGGGACUUCUGGUACACUUUUCCAGCUAAAAAUCUUUCAACUUCUCAUCUUAAAUAGAAUGUAUCAUAAAACUGCAACCAAUCAAGUAGCUCCAGUAGACAGGAAUGUCCUUUUGUGAUACUCUGUUAAAAUGUCCAUCAAUAUAGCGGCAGUUCAAAACUUUGUAUUUACUGAAGUGGUACUUGUUAUAAAAAGUUUUGAAACCUCUGCUCUACGUGUUUCUGCUGUUUGUCAGUUGAAUCAUUUAACUACUCAUUGCUGGUCUGCAUGUGUAUUAAAUUACAUCCAAACGGGACCUUUCCUCCUGGGUGCCUAACUUGGUGCGGACCAUUAAGUGUAACGGUGACACUGUACCAGCAACAGAGUGAAGCCAGAAUUAUGACUCCAACAAUAUCUUAGUCAAUAGGCCAAUUGCGGACAGAUUUUAAAUGAUUUUUAACAAUUUCUUUUUUCGUAUUUUGUAUGUUUUUUGUAUUUUUCAAAGAACAACUGCAAGUUGUCUCUCCAAACACCUGCCACAGCAAGUGCUAAUGGAUUUUAUGUGGAGCAUUGAAUGCUGCAGCAGAAUUUCGCACCUUAGAAUGGAAAACUGAUUAGAUGUCUGCCAGGACUAAUCCAACUCAGAGCGCUGGCUGUGCAACUUUCUGAAAGUAUACAUUUUAUAUAUACUAUAAUGUAAAUCUAUAUGUCUAUGUGUCAGUGACUGUAUUCACCUUUGAUGUUGCACAUAUAAAUGUUUCUCCUUCUGUCAAGCGUUUCCUCAGUUUGACCUCCUGAGAAAUUACCAUUUUAGCCUUCUUACUAAGAAUGAACUGAGAAGAUUGAUACCUUUAAUGGGCCCUGGGUCAAUUCGCCCUUCGUCAAUUUGUACCUUCAUGUUGGUAUUUCAUUGCCUCAUACUAUAAGCAAAAACAUUUUGUAGCCAUGUACUUCAACUAUGGUAAAUCAGUUGAUCUUUGUUGUUCAGCAUAUAUCACAAAUUUUAGAGAUGAACAAUCCAAUUAAUGCUCAAAAUGUGUAAAAGUUUAUUUGAUAGUAAAAGAAAACUGGUAUUACACCCUAUUUCCGAUUAUUUCAGUUAUUUUCCCCACUUUGUAUGACAAAAUAUGAUCCUAAAACCAGAUAACUUGAAGCAACCAACUCUGAUUUGAAACCUACCCCUGGCAGGUACAAACUGAUGCAUGGUUAGUGUGAAGCAGACCCCGUACAAAUUCCACCUGAGAAAGUCAUGUAAAAGACAAGCAAAACUACCAAACAAAAAUGCCAAAAGAGCUAGCCUGAGCUUUAGCUAACAGGCUAGCCUGUUAGCUAAAGCCAACAGGCUAGCCUUCUAAACGGAAAGUUUGAAAAUGGUGGCACAGCUUCAGAGUAACUAACAAGUCUAAAUAUCCCAAAUUACAAAGGUAGGAAGUGGAGAAGGUGGAAAAUGACGCCCCCCACCCCCCAUUCCAUCUCAACUCAUUAAAAAUCUAAAGUUCCAGUUAGUGGGAGGUAGACUUGGUUGAACACAAAGACUGAAAAUGGUGAAACAGUUUAACUGGCCUAACUCAACAGUAUCUGAUAAGCACUUUUUAUAUUCUAUGUUUGAUCCUAGGAACUUCAUACAACUUUACUUGAACAACACUGGAAUCAGAAUCAGUCCUUGCUAGCAUUAGUGCCAUGUAUGUUGAAGAAAUGCCAGAUAUAUCAGUCAUUCCAAUUUACUAUUCCAAAGCAAGAAAGUCAGACAACUUAUUUACCUCCUGUGGUUGGUCCAAAAACAUUCUUUGGCAAACUGCUCCAUUCCAUAUAAAAAAACUGGGCAUGCCGAAGACUACAAAGGUACAAAAUGGCCAAAUUAACACGAAGCUAAAGCUAGCGGCAGGUUGGCUUGACUAAGCACAAAGAUUGUAAAUGACAGAGCUGAUGAGUAACCAAGAGUAACUAAAACAAUUAGGCUAAGGAGCUCUUUAUAUCUUCUUAGUUUUUUUCCAGAAACUUCAUAAAAGUGUUGUAUGUGCAAAACGGGCAUUGAAAUGAGUCCUUGUAAGCAUUAGCGAACAAUACAUUCAAGAAAUAAAAGUCAAUUUAGUCUUUUCAGUUUACUCCUCCAAUGUAGGAAGUGACGGAGCUAAAUGUUCCUUAACUGACUGCUCCAUUUCGUAGCCCUAAAAAUGUCAGAUGUGAACCCUGCAAGGGUACAAGAUGGUGAGAGGGUUCAUCAAUGACAAAGUUAAAGUUACAAGUUUUGCUUGGCUAAGCACAAGGAUUGUAAACUGUUCUGUCUUCACUCAAAACUACCUAUAGUGUUAUGAAGAGUAUUUGACCCCUUAUAGUUGUCUUCUUUUUUUUUUUUUUUAAACUAGUGGACUAAAAUAUUUUAGAAAACAAUACAUCAUGCCACAUCUGGGGCUGCUUCAGGUGCUGAACUAUUGUCUGUUAUUGAUAGAACCAUACAUUCUGCACUUUACCCCAAAAAAAUGCUUAAAAAAUCUGUUUCAGGUGCUGGGACAUCGAAAACUUCCAAAUUAUAUAAAAAAAUGUUUUAGUCAUUUUUCAAUUAACAAAACAAAUUAUCAUUACCACAUUUUUUUUAAUCAUGUUUAAUGAUUCAAAACAUAAAAUUGUGACUAAAAGAAGAAAACAGAAGAAACGUGACAGGGGACAAAAGUUUUUCACAGCACUGUAAAACAGCUGAAGAUGACAAGCACUUUAUAGCUCGUUUGUUUUAUUUUAGAAACCUUGUUCAACAUAAUUUCUUCAAAAUAGGAACCCGAAGCUGUCCUUGCUAGCACUAGCAUCUCAUUUAUUGAAGAAAUACCAGAGCCAUAUCAGUCUUUUCAAUUUACUCUUCCAAAGUAAGAAAGUGAAUGAGCUUAUUUCCCGGUUAUUUCUUCUUUUUUUUUUUACGCAGUAUUUUUCUGGGGCAGCUUAAGUGAAAAUGGUAUUUUCAAGCUUGCAUGGCAGCGUAGUAACAUGUAACCGUAGCUAAGAUAAGCUACCUUUUGCUUAAAAAAAAAAAAAGGAGAGAAACUCAAAUGCUUAACUUCUGAGUGAUUGUACAAAUAGCUCAAUGUUUUCCAGCCACAUACUCUUUGUCAUCUUGUCAGUAAGUGUCAUCUAUGGACAUGUGGUCUCCUCUGAAACUGACCUUGUGUGUGUUAGCAUCCGAAGCUAAUUGUUUUUAAAAGAAAAAUAAACCAAAUCCUGCAUGAUGGUGAAAUUAUCUCACUGCAGGAUUAUGGUUUCUUCUAGAGAUGCAAUAAUCCUAUUCUUUUCUUCUGGUAAGGGCAAAAUGUAAAUGGUAAAGAGUCUUAAUAUUGUAUUACACAUAGUAUAUUUUAUUCAUGUAAAAUAUUACUAAUAUAUUACUAAUAAGAAAUCUUGAAUUCAGAUUUUUGUUGUUUAUCUUUUCCCCCCACUGUCUAAUUGAUGGUUCUUAGUUGAUUAGAGAAGCCAAUCGUGGGUCAAAAUGAAAUCAGUAUCAAAUAUUUUGACCACUUCUGUGUGGAAUUCUGCCUUAAAUUUGGUUUUUAUUAGACGGGCACUUUCUGUUUAACAAUUUAAGUCAACCUUUAUGGAGAACUAUCAGUUCAGAUCUGUUGUGCAGUUGUAAUUAGUUUCAUGAGAAUGAGAGAGUGUGUACAAGAGAACAUAAAUAAAGAUAUAAAACAGC